AUGACUCCUCUCGGCUCUAUAGCACCGCGCACCAAUGCAUCAAAUCGAUUAUGCGGCAGCAGCAGAAUAAACAGUGCUGCUGCUCCCCAGUGUCUGAUUAGUUUAAAUUGUUUAGAAACAACAACAAUGAUGUCCUCACCCGAAGCCCACACAUCAACAACACCAAAUCUUGGAAUUGCAAGUGUUACUGGAGUAACUGGCAGCGCCGCCACAAUCAAUCCCCCUUCAUCGGCAUCUGCAUCUGGAUCCGCAUCUCAAACACAAACAUCGGAAAGACGUUGUGAGAAUCCCGAUUGCAAUGUCAAUAAAUUAAUUUCCAUGGUACCAAAACGUAAAACCACCCAAUUCAUAUCGGAACCAAAGGUUAUGGAGAAACCGAUGUUGGUUAAUGGUUUCACUGCCGUCUUUCAAGUUGAGGGGCAAUCGGCCAAAUUGAUGGAUAUUAAAAAUCCCAAUGGAGAUCCAAAUGUCAAAUCAAUAUAUCGUGUUGUACCCAAUUCACAUGUCCAUGUUGUCAAUUAUGUUGUCGUAGAUACCGAUGAAGCCUAUUUGAAAAAGAUCACCAAUAAUGAUCCUGCAACAAUGCAAAAACUAUUGACCACACAAAAAGAUAGUGCCGAUCAAAUGCUAAGGAAAAUUAUGAAUGGUCAAGGAACAACGGCAACAGCUGCCUCCACUACAGUGGUGUCAACAAUAAAUCCACCACAAAACAGGUCAAUGGUGGAUAAUAAUCCCAAUUCUUUUUCACCCAUUGUCAAGCCUCCCUCCAGUUUGUCCAUUUCAAUGGCGACAGCAGCAGCAACACCAGCCUCAACAACAGUUCCUAAUCAAGCUGGUAAAAUGUUGCCAAAUGCUUCAAUUAAUUUACCAGUUCGUAUGCAUCCAAAUUUGAAAAUUACCGCGGUAGCAAGUGCAGAUAGUGUGGGAAGCACAAAUACUAUUGCCGCUCAUCCCUCACCUCCCUUUAUACAACCUGUGCCAUUGGCAAAUCUACAAACUCCCUCGGCAGUAGCGGCUGCCACCUCGGUAGCCACCGGUGCCGUUCCACAACAAUUAACUAAACCACCACCCGCCACAUUAAAAUUGCAAGCAAAAACUGUCCCUAGCCCUGCUAUGAACGUCCCAGACAAGCCUACCUAUGAUAAAAUGCAAGAGGAAAUCAAUGAUCUGAGACGGACCGUUGCAAUGCUGGCCGAAGCUCAAGCCAAAAAUUUAAAUCAACAACCUGGAGUAACACCAGUGGCCGCUAAACGUCCACGACUACAAGUGCCACAAUAA